AUGAGCAUCCCCAGUGAGCCUCCAGCCGACGUCAUCAGUAUUGGGGACAGCGACUACGAGCCGGAGCUUGAGCAGCAAGCGAUUCCAGAGGCGAGUCUCGUCCAGGGGCAGAAUGCGCCAGACGGCAGCCAGCUGUCAACUUCGCUUCAAAAGAGGCCACGAGACGAUGGCGACGAAGACCUAGAAUCUGACGGCUACUCGCCAUCCCCUGAUAUGGAUAUUUCCCCCCCUCACCCCAAACGGACCAGGUUGAGCGCAUCGCCAUCCAACCAAUCUCAUCAAGUCUCUGAGGAGGGUGAAAUCGAUGAGUCUGAAUCCGAAACCAACCCUCGCGCUGCUUUGGAAAGAGGCAAGGAGCCCAUGCCUGGCAACGUAGCUGAGGCGACAAAACCGCCUGCUCCCUCCACCGCAGCUUCUUCUCCUUCGGGAUCAAAGCCACCAACAUCGGGCCAUACAACCGACCAGGCUGAGGUAGACGGACCUGAACUUCUCGCAGGAGCCAGCGUGCCUCCCGAACCACCGACAUACAUGGCGGGCUCCGUAUCGCUUGGCCUACCUGCCUUGUCGCCCAAGAAAGAAGGCUCGUGGCAUGCUCGAUUCAAGGACUGGGUCCAAGUAUUUUGCAAGCACAACUCGCACAACGUCUCGGCCAUUACCCCCAGAGUGGCUGUUGACGCAUUUGUCUAUUAUCUGGAAUCUUAUAGCGGCCUGCGACAGUCUAAGAAAAAAGCUGCGAAACAGGUCGCAAGCAGGGUAGAGAUGCAGAGCACGAUACAGUCCACGAUUGAUGCGAUCCAGCUGUCGACGGGCGCUAGUUCACGACAAGUGGCUCCCGAGCCAUCGACGAAUUUGAACUCUACAACACCAGCGGCACCACCGCAGGGCACCAGAGGGGAAUCAGAAGAGGAAGGCGAGGUGCUAAGCAAUGGUAGCCAUACAUCGCCAGAAGACUUGAAGCUCAAGAGACAAAACGGGGACGUCUCUAUAGUCAGGGGGGGAGUGCCAACUGGCGCAGAGGAGCUGGAGCAGCAGCGAAGAUACUUCCCGUCAGCUGCCGACCCAAGCAACAUGUGCCUGCUCUGUGGUCUCGAGGGCCAUAGAGCCAUUCACUGUUCUCGGUCAAAAUGCAGAUUCUGUGAUAGCUACGAUCACUGGGACUUCUGCUGCCCCGGUAUCCAGGAAAGAUGCACCAAAUGCCGUCAACUUGGCCACAAGGCCGCCACUUGUGUUGAAAAGCUGAUACUGACAAAGGAAGAGGGACUGGUUUGCCUUUUCUGCAAGUCGACGGAGCACCUGGAAAAUGACUGCACCGAGAUUUGGCGAUCAUUUCACCCGGAAGCACAAACAAUACACACGGUCGUGUAUCUCCCCAGCUCAUGCGCAGUGUGUGGUAGCAAAGACCACUUUUCGGGAGAUUGUGGACAGCGGCGAGGGAUAUGCUCCAACCCUACGUGGUCUUUACAGAAUCGCAGCCUAUACAUGGAUCCCAAAUGCGACGCACUAUCCAUCGAGGAUGCUUCCAACCCAGGAGGCAACAAGAGGUCAUUACGUGCCCCUGAAGCCAAGAUUCGCGGCCACGCUGCGCGGACAGCCAAUGUUCAUUACUCAGAGAGCGACGACUCUGACGUUGAGUUCCUGGGCAAAAAGCCAGCCAGAGGUCCCAACAUGAAGGGAGCGGUUGGUCAAAUCCGCAUGUCUAGCAAUAUUCAGUUGCCGCAGAUGAUGGGCAGUCACACGGUCAACAGCUUUCAACCACUCGCUGGGCAACCACCACUUCCUCCGGGACCGCCACCUUCAAGACCGUCCAGAGGCGGUGGCCAAUCCAGCAGAUACCCUCCUCCGCCUGGAGUCCGCGGAUAUCAAUCCCAACCACCGGCCCCGCCACCCUCACUUCCUUCAAAACCGCCCCCAUCGACACGAAGCUAUCGCAACGUGCCACCACCCCCUCCCCCACCAGGACCAAGCGACGCGAACAGGCAUAGAGGUGGACACGGCAGUCAAGGAGGGCGAGGGGGGAGAGGGGCUGGAGGAGGAGGAGGAGGAGGUGGUGGUGGUGGAAGGGGAGGCAGAGGCAGAGGCAGAGGUGGAGGAAGGGGCAGAGGGAGGUAG